GGAGGUUAGACGAUGGCCGAGUCCAUAGAAUACUUAUGGCAUGAUCAAGCGGAUAUACUUAGCUCUCCGUGCCUCACAACGCCGCGGUGGGCGCGUGGACGUGACUCACCGUCAAACGAUGGACCUGUCAUAGCGGGGGCCCAAAUACACACGUUCCUUUCUGGCAAGUCUGCUCACGAUCGUUAUGAGGAUUUUGAAAGUAUCGAAGCCCAGUACCGUAAACAAUAUGCGCUGUCUUAUUCCAUACAGUACAGCGACACCAGGAGACAACAUUCAUUAUCGCUGGCGGUUCAUCACGGGCUCUAUCCACACUGGCGGAUGAUCAUGUCAUAUGUGCUAUGGCAACAUGUGGGGACCGUUCUAAUCUGGUGAGAUGUACAGGCGAUGCAAUCGCAUUUCCCACCGUAUAUAUUCGCUGGAUCCAAUUGCGAAGCCCUCGACAUGUCAAAUCAUUCGGAUUGAUAUCGAAGACGUGCAGUCUCAUUCCACUUCUUCUACGG